AUGUCUAGAUGUCGAGGCUUGCUGUCACACCUGUCGAAACGACAGCCACGUUACCACCGUUGGCUCUCAAACGGUAUCGCUCAUACCAACAAUUCCGCUGGCGUUGCGAGCGACUCCACAGUGGCCCCGUCCCAAGUGCUUCGAUAUGCUCUAAGCGGAGACCUUGAGACUCAUACAACAUCAAGGAAGACGACUCAGUUGAAAAUCAACGACAAGCUCGAGCUCAUUCUAUCAAAAAGAAAGCUUGGAAAAGAACACAAAUAUGGAAGUUUGAUCUCCUUGCCUGGCAGUGCACGCGUACCUACAGAAUUGCGAAACGUAUCCGACUUGCAGGAGCUAAAAUUAUGGUUCGAGCAGUUCAUAGUUGCUGGCUUUUGGCCAAGCUCAGAGCUGAAAGUCUCACUGAAAGAUGCGCUGCUCAGAUGUGAAAAGUUGAGUUCCUCGCUUGAGAUCUUGUCUGUGUUGACUACUGUCAUAUCCCGACUCAAGGAUGCUGAGAUUCCCAUUCAUGAACCAAUUCGGGUUGCUGGGUUACAUUACGCAUUUCAAAGUUUCUCGGCGCCUGCCAUUCGCCAUCAUUUGGCAACAAGCAAAACUCCAUUGGAUCCGAAGACCACAGAUGAGUUGACUCAAUGUCUUCUCCAGACGCUCCGAACGGUUCGCCUCGCCGACCCAGCUUACGAUACAGGUCCCAUGUUAGAGCUCGUGGCAGAAAGAACUUCAUCCAUUUCAAGUCCAGAGCCAACAUUCCUUAACUUGGCACGAUUUGGCGAAGGAUCGAAUUCGCCCUUUAUUGAGCUUCUAUGCGAGCUAGGAGUAAAGAAAGCCCAUAAACAGUUGUGGAAUAACCUGAUGGAGUACAUCUCGAACAUAAAGCGCUCCCCAGAAGGUGUUACUUCAGGUAUGGUUAACGAUGCGUACAAGUGUAUCUUGAUAUUUCUCAAAUUCGGCAGGACAGACUAUGCGAUGUCCUGCAUGGAUGACAUAUCGAAGUGUGUCAAAGAUACCUCGCCAUCAUUACACGUAUCAACAGAGCUCGCUGCCUUUCUGAAUGAAAAAGGAUUGAUAGUCCCUGCAAUUGUCGAAAGACCAAUUCAAGAAGCACUGAAUCAGGCGCUAGAGCAGCAGGGCUCAGAAUCCACCGAUGACGCGAAGUUCGACGACGGCAUGACUGACUUCUCCAUCGUACAGAGCCUACUCGCACGUAUCAACGACAACGGCACAUCCGUCUCAGCAUCCAAGGUUGCCGUUUUGAUCGAUGCUCUCAAUGAUUGUGCAGGGUUGACGAUCCCGUUAUUCACUGAAUCAUUCGAAAACGGCGACGUCGAAUAUGCUUGGUCCCCGCAGUGGAUUCCCGGAGUCUCAGACUCGGCCAUGAUGUCCUUGUCUCUGCAGGGCUCGCGAACUCUGGGUCUACUCCGAGCUCAGAUAGUGAGUAGGGGAAUCAUUGUUGAUUCAGAGCGUUCCCGAAAUCUCGUACAGCUGGGACACCUCGUGCGACGCGAGUUUAUUUCGUACAAUACUCAGAAAGAUGAGACAAAUCCUUGGACUAAGACCGGCUAUCUCGUUGUCUUUGACCGGAUAUCAGCGGAAUAUCUGCUUAUCUAUAUGGGAGAAGACAUUAAGAUUAUUGAUCCAGAACAUCGUCCUCAUUCUGAGCAAAGUCCACUCAUCGACUACAAGCAACAUCCGUUACUUGGCUCGCUUUCGCAUAUAGCUAUGCCUACCAGUAUCCAGGACUUAAACAGAGAUAUCAGGGACGUGAUGACGCCUGUGAAGAACGCAGCUAGCCUCUAUGUUCUUGAUCUCGAUCCUGGAGUUAGUUUGCAGCCAUGA